AUGUCUGUCAAAUCACCUGGAGAUCUCUUUGAUCUCUUAAAUCUGAGGUUGUGGUUUCGAAUGAUGCUGCUGGUCCACAGACCACAUUUUGAGCAGCAAGGCCUUAGGCGCCUUUUUCCGUGGAGGAGGGCAGGAGAGACGCAGGCCCAGGAAAGGCUUCCCGGAGCAUGCGCGAACGCUUCGCCGCGCGGGGGGGGGAGCCUGCUGCACUGCGCAGGCGCUGCAGUCCCGCCCCUCCGGGGGAGGCGUGCGCGCCGCAAUCCCGGAAGUGCGCCGAGCCCGGCUGGGAGUCCUGGCGGAGCCCGCCCGGCGUGGCCAGCGCCCUCGGGUUCCCCGCACGUGGCUCAGCACGUGGCUGAGCGCCUGCCCCUGGGCGCCCUGGAGCCGCCGGCAUCAGCCGGCGAGACGGUGUCAUCCCUGAUCAUCGUCGACGCGUUCGUUGGGGCCGGCGAGAGCGCUGCCCCGCCGCUCCCCGCCCCUGCCAGGAGGUUCAUCUGCUCCUUCCCGAACUGCAGCGCCAAUUACAACAAGGCCUGGAAGCUAGACGCGCACCUGUGCAAGCACACGGGGGAGAGACCAUUUGUUUGUGACCAUGAAGGGUGUGGCAAAGCCUUUGUCAGGGACUACCACCUGAGCCGCCAUGCCCUGCUUCACACUGGAGAAAAGCCUUUUGUUUGUGCAGCUAGUGGCUGUGACCAAAAAUUCAACACAAAGUCAAACUUGAAGAAACAUUUUGAACGCAAACAUGAAAAUCAGCAAAAAAAAUAUGUAUGCACUUUUGAAGGUUGUGAGAAGACCUUUAAGAAACAUCAGCAGCUGAAAACCCAUCAGUGCCAGCAUACCAAUGAACCACUGUUCAGGUGCACCCACGAGGGCUGUGGAAAACACUUUGCGUCACCCAGCAGGCUGAAGCGACAUGGGAAGGUCCAUGAGGGUUAUAAAUGUCAAAAAGGAUGUUCCUUUGUGGCAAAAACAUGGACAGAGCUUCUGAAACAUGGGAGAGAAACCCAUAAAGAGGAAACGGUAUGUGAAGUGUGCCGGAAGACAUUCAAACGCAAAGACUACCUGAAGCAACAUAUGAAAAUGCAUAACCCAGAAAGGGCCGUGUGUCGAUGCCCAAGAGAAGGCUGUGGUAGAACCUACACAACUGUGUUCAAUCUCCAGAGCCACAUUCUCUCAUUUCAUGAGGAAAGGCGGCCGUUUGUGUGUGAGCACGCUGGCUGCGGCAAAACCUUUGCCAUGAAACAAAGUCUCACUAGACAUGCCGUUGUGCAUGACCCUGACAAAAAGAAAAUGAAGCUCCAAGUAAAACGGGCUCGUGGGAAACGGAGUUUGUCCUCCCACCUCAGUGGAUACAUCCCUCCUAAAGGGAAACGAGAACAUGGCCUGUCUCUGCCUAAGACCGGAGCGUUGCUGAACUGCGCUGAAGACAAGGUGCUGUCGACGGUUGCAGUCCUUACCCUCAGCUAAGCACCCAGCUGCUGUCGGGCCCGCCGGCUCAGUUACAGGCAGGCCUCAGAGCGGGCUGGUUCCAGACCGCCACCACAGACGUGUAGUGCAAUAAAGCAAGUGGAAAUGUUUUUGCUGGUGGAGGGCCUUGCCUUCUGUUUGUAAAAAAAUGCAACAUCUAUGAAGCAUGGUGAAGUGAAGCACAAUAAAACAAAGUAUGCCUGUAUUUUC